AACAAACAGCAGUGAGAGCAGGAAAGCUCCGGCUCGGACCACCAUGAUGUUUCCCUGCAGCGCUCUGCCUCCUCCUCUCUACCCGGGCUUACUGCGUCCCCCCGCGGCUCUCUCCUCGCCCCUGACCCGGUCAAUCCCCUCGGGCUUCCUUGUAGAAGAUCUCCUACGGUUGAGCCACCCCGUCAGUUACAUACAUCGGACUCUCUCUUCCAGAAGUCCCGGGGACAUUCUCCAGCUCGGCAACCCAGGGCCGGGCGCCUCUCCCCGGCCGUUGGGACCCAGCGCAGAGCGGUCUGCGCUUCAGAGCUCCAGCCAGCAGAGCCGCGGGAGCCCCGGCUCUCCGCACACUGCCUGCCCGGACUCCGGCUACCUCAAGUUCGGCGUCAGUGCGAUACUCGCCCCGUCCACACGGAGCGUCCAGAGUUUUCAGACCAAGUCCUUCCCCUUGCCUUUCUUUGACGGGAGUCUCCAUCCGUUCAUUAGAGCUUCCUAUUUUACAGCUUCCUCCUCUGUGGUUCCUGUCCCAGGAACGUUUUCAUGGCCCCUGGCCCCCAGAGGGAAGCCCAGGAGGGGCAUGCUACGGCGGGCCGUGUUCUCAGACCUCCAGAGGAAGGCCCUGGAGAGAACUUUCCAGAAGCAGAAAUAUAUCAGCAAACCAGACAGGAAGAAACUUGCCACUAAACUGGUACUGAAAGACUCCCAGGUGAAGAUCUGGUUUCAGAACCGCAGGAUGAAAUGGAGGAACUCCAAGGAGAGGGAGCUACUGUCGACGGGCGGCUGUCGCCAGCAGACCCUCCCCACCAAAACCAACCCCCACCCUGACCUUACAGACGUGGGCAGCGCCUACUGCCACAGGACUGCACCCACCAGCCAAGCACAGCUGGACAGCCAGGUGUCACACCUUCACCACCACCACCAUCACAAUCCUUCCUCUCCAUCAGAGUCCAGCAAACAGUCGGAGCUCUCGGAGUCGGACAGUGAAGAAAUCACAGUCUCAUAAGAGUCAGACGUGUGAUUGAUUCUUCUGAACAGUCCACUAUAACGAGACACUGUCGGCUGUGAACGUUGACAGGACAAAAUAAGGAGUUAUCAAAGGAACUGCUGAGUGGAAGUAAAAACCAGAAGUGCUUUGAAUCUGCACUGUACAUAGCUCUUCCCUGCAGUGCCAUUUUUCUGUACAGUGUU